CGAGCCGAGAGCAAGCAAAAAUGGCCUUCUGUUUGUCUUAGAUCAAAAAGCUCUUUUCCCCGAUUCCCUCAUCGUCGUACAAAGGACCUUUCAACGGAGGAGGAAGACAAUUUGGUCACUCAAUCUUGAGCGCGACGUUAAAACAUAAAAAUCCCUGUGGUGGUUGCUGCCAAUUGCCAUUUCCUUUGCACCCGCUGAAGCUCUCACUCGCCAAUAAGAUCAAACUAGUUUCAGCGAAAAAAGGAGCAAUGGGGGAAACGAAUCAGAAAUCUGGAUCUCCCCAGCAGCAGCAGCCUCUUCUGACUCCCUACAAGAUGGGAAAUUUCAGCCUCUCCCACAGGGUAGUUUUGGCUCCUCUGACCAGGAUGAGAUCCUACGGCCACAUCGCGCAGCCGCACGCUGUGUUGUUCUACUCCCAAAGAACUUCCCCUGGCGGUCUCCUGAUUUCGGAAGCCACUGGUGUUUCAGACACCUCUAUUGGUUCUCGAUGACCAAAAUCAACUUCUGGGCAUGGUUCUAAUUCCCCCUCUAUAACAUAUAGAUACCCUAACGUCCCUGGAAUCUGGACUAAGGAGCAGAUAGAAGGGUGGAAGCCGAUUGUGAAUGCCGUCCAUGAGAAAGGAGGGAUAUUCUUUUGUCAGAUCUGGCAUUCUGGCAGAGUUUCUGAUUACUGCUUCCAACCAAAUGGGCAAGCUCCAAUCUCCUGUACAGACAAGCCUGUUGGAGGUGAAUUCCAGAUCGAUGGCACAAAAGCUCCUGCUUAUCCUGCUCCCCGACGUCUUGCAACCGAGGAGAUCAAGCAGGUUGUGAACGACUUUGCAGUUGCAGCAAGGAAUGCUAUGGAAGCUGGUUUUGAUGGUGUUGAGAUCCACGGAGCCAACGGGUACAUCAUCGAUCAAUUCCUCAAGGAUCAAGUCAACGACAGAACCGACCACUACGGUGGAACGAUGGAGAAUCGAUGUCGAUUCGCCUUCGAAGUUGUUGAAGCUGUGGCUAAAGAGAUAGGAGCAGACAGAGUCGGGCUGAGGCUAUCCCCAUUUGCAGACUACAACGACUGCCCCGAUUCCAACCCCGAAGCUCUGGGCCUCUACAUGGCUCAGGAGCUCAACAAGUAUGGCAUUCUCUACUGCCAUGUGAUCGAGCCACGGAUGAUCACUCAGUUCGAAGCACACGAUACCCAUAACAGCGUUCUGCCCAUGAGAAAGGCCUUCAAAGGAACGUUUAUGGUUGCAGGAGGAUACACUCAACGCGAUGGGAACGAAGUGGUAGGAAAUGGAGGUGCUGAUUUGGUUGCAUUCGGACGCUGGUUCCUGGCUAAUCCUGAUUUACCGAGGAGAUUCGAGCUGAAUGCAAAGCUGAACAAGUAUGACAGAAGUACUUUCUACACACAUGAUCCUGUUGUUGGUUAUACAGACUACCCAUUUCUUGAAGCUGCUGACAAAUGAAGUCUGUAGUUCCGAGUUUCCAUUUUUUGUUCACUCCAUUGGUAUGGCUGUCUCUACUGGCGUAUAGCUGAACUUCUAGAAUAAAACACCUUGUCGGAGGCUGUUGCUCCUUAACACUAGCAUGUAUCAACAACUCGUGCGUAAAGGAACAAAAUUGAUGGCUCUCGGUAUCCAAUCCAAAGUUGCUUUGAUUUAGAUUACAUGAGUAUACAGUCAACGAAGUAGUUGCUAAUGGAGGAGCUUAUUUGGUUGCAUUUGGACGUUGGUUCUUGGCUAAUCCUGAUUUACCAAGGAGAUUUGAGCUGUAUGCAAAGAUUAAUAAGUAAGAGAUGUAUUUUUUUACGCACAUGAUCUUAUUGUUUGAUACACAGAAUAUACAAAUCUUGAAGCUGCUGACAAAUGAAAUCUGC